GGCGGUGCCACCGCGGUGCCUACUCAGCCUUCAUGCAGUCUCACUGCUGCUACGACCUCAUCCCCACCAGCUCCAAACUGGUUGUGUUCGACACGUCCCUGCAGGUGAAGAAGGCUUUCUUCGCCCUCGUCACCAACGGCGUGCGGGCAGCUCCCCUGUGGGACAGCAAGAAGCAGAGCUUCGUGGGUGAGCAAACGGGGCAGGGGGGUGGACCCAUGGGGGUGGCAGGGGGCUGGCAAGAACCCCCUCCCUGCCCCCCACCCCCCCCAGGCAUGCUGACCAUCACUGACUUCAUCAACAUCCUGCACCGCUACUACAAAUCACCCAUGGUGCAGAUCUAUGAGCUGGAGGAGCACAAGAUAGAGACGUGGAGAGAGGUUUAUCUCCAAGACUCCUUCAAGCCGCUGGUUUGCAUCUCCCCCAGUGCCAGCCUCUUUGAUGCUGUCUCCUCCCUGAUCCGCAACAAGAUCCAUCGGCUGCCAGUCAUCGACCCUGACUCGGGCAACACCCUCUACAUCCUCACCCACAAACGCAUCCUCAAGUUCCUCAAGCUCUUUAUAGCAGAGGUCCCAAAGCCUGACUUCAUGGGCAAGACCUUGGAGGAGCUGCAGAUUGGCACCUACAGCAACAUCGCAGUGGUGCAGAGCAGCACCCCCCUCUACGUGGCACUGGGCAUCUUCGUGCAGCACCGAGUCUCUGCCCUGCCAGUCGUCGAUGACUCUGGGCGCGUGGUUGAUAUUUACUCCAAGUUCGAUGUCAUUAACCUGGCAGCAGAGAAGACCUACAACAACCUGGACGUGACGGUGACGCGGGCGCUGCAGCACCGCUCCCACUACUUCGAGGGGGUCCUCAAGUGCUACAAGCAUGAGACCCUGGAGGCCAUCAUCAACCGCCUGGUGGAGGCUGAGGUUCACCGGCUGGUGGUGGUGGACGAGAGCGACGUGGUCAAGGGCAUCGUCUCCCUCUCCGACAUCCUGCAGGCCUUGGUCCUCCCCCAGGGCCCCUGA